AGAUUGAUUUUGUGUUGUUUUUAAUGGUAAAGUGGACGUGAAUCACUGAUCAGGUGCAGUGUUCAAACCACCUGCCAGACGAUUCAGUAAAGCCUGUAACACAGAUGCAUGUUUCCCUUUCAUUACUGAACAUGGACUCAUCAGUAGCCCUCUCACUUUCAGCUUGUAGCGGUUUUUACAUGUCACUUUACAUGCACUAUGAUAUGUGAGUUUAAUUCAUAUAUUAGGCUAUAUUAUGAUAAUUAACCGUUCCCUGUUUUUUCCAUCUAAUACAAUAAUGUUUUUUCCUAAACUGAAACAACUUGUAUCAGACUGGCUUUUUGUUUGUCAGACAGCAAGCUUUCAUGCUGAUAUCAGCAUUUCUAAGAAAAAAAAAUGUAUAAAAGUGUAAAAUAUAGCAUUGUGGUAUAGUUAGGUGCAAUGUGAGGUUGCUGUUUUAUAAACUAAUAAAGCUUUAGGACUCCAAGUUACAGGUUAGGAUCCAUUUGAAAAGUCAAAAUCAGUGUUUACAUAUAUUUAAUAUGAUUAACGGCUAACUCAAUAUUAUUGAGGGAAAACAAAACUUUUUUGCCACUUGAGUUUCACUGUGCGCAAAUAAGACCGUCACCGUAAAAUCCCCUUCGGAUGUUGCAGCCAAUGAAAACCAUGCUGACAUUGACAGGCGAGGUGCAUCUUGGUAGUCGUAGUCCGUGCGUCGCCUGCAGCCCGUUAGCAUCGCUGUGCUCGCUGCUGUGGAAGACUACAGAGCUCUGGGUCCUGGACAGAGGCGGCUUGCGUUGACAGUGGUUGGUACUGAGCGAAGUACGGCGGCACAAAUAUCGUCUGUCUGUUUUUUUUUUAGGGGUAUAACGUUUCCAAAAGUUGACAUCUACAACUAUGCAGUCCGAAUCGGGAAUUGUUCCCGACUUCGAGGUUGGAGAGGAGUUUCAAGAGGAACCUAAAACGUAUUACGAAUUGAAGAGUCAACCCUUGAAAAACAGCAGCCCGUCGGACCAGCACGGCUCCUCUAAGCCCCCGCUGAGCUCCUCGGCCAUGACAUCACGCAUCCUGCUGCGGCAACAGCUGAUGCGGGAGCAGCUUCAGGAGCAGGAGCGGCGGGAGCAGCAGAGACAACAGGCCUCCCAGUACCCACAAACCACAGCAGCCCAGACCCCUGCCAUCAAUGUCAGCGUGCCUGUCAGUUUGCCGCCUGCAGCACAGGUACCGAUGGAGGUGCUGAAGGUCCAGACUCACCUGGAGAACCCAACAAAAUACCACAUCCAGCGCUCCCAGCAGCAGCAGGUGAAGCGGUACCUGGGAAAGCUUGGCUCUCAGGCGUUGAGCUUGCCCUGCCCCAACCAGUCCUCUGACCACGGGGGCAUGCCGCCAGGGCCGGGCAACAGUGCCCCCAACAGCCCUAUGGCCUUACUGACCCUGAACUCUAACUGCGAGAAAGAGAUGGAUGAUGUCAUUGAUGACAUUAUUAGUCUGGAGUCCAGUUACAGUGAUGAUAUCCUUGGCCUGAUGGACCCAGGACUUCAGAUGGCUAAUACGAUCCCCGUGCCUGCUAACCUCAUGGACAUGUAUGGUAAUCAGGGUAUGUCCCAGCAAGGUCUGCCCAUCAGCAACUCCUGCCCUGCCAACCUGCCCAACAUCAAAAGGGAAUACUCUGUUUCACAAUCCCCGGCCAUCAUGCAUAUGCUGGAUAAGUCUGGAUCCUGUGGCAAAUUUGACAACUAUCAAAGGCCUGAAGGGUUCCCUGUGGAAGCUGAGGUAAGGGCUCUGGCAAAGGAGAGGCAGAAGAAGGAUAACCAUAAUUUGAUUGAGAGAAGGAGACGGUUUAACAUCAAUGAUCGAAUCAAGGAAUUGGGAACUUUAAUUCCCAAAUCCAAUGACCCGGACAUGCGCUGGAACAAAGGUACCAUCCUGAAGGCAUCAGUGGACUACAUCAGGAAGCUACAGCGGGAGCAGCAGAGGGCAAAGGAGCUGGAGAAUCGGCAGAAGAAACUUGAGCACGCCAACCGACAUCUGAUGUUGAGGAUACAGGAGUUAGAGAUGCAGGCCCGGGCUCAUGGGCUGGCCAUCGCAUCCUCUGCGCUCUGCUCUGCUGAACUCGGGCCCAGGACCAUCAAGCAGGAGCCUGCUCUGGAGGACUGUCACCAGGACCUGUACACGUUCCACCCCCAUCACCAACACCACCCCGCCUGCACCCCUGAACCACCGGUCACCCUGGAGCUAAAUGAAGGCCGCUCUAACUUCCCUGAGGGCCACUACAGUGUUCACAGCAAGCCGGGCUCCAAACUCAACGACAUCCUCAUGGAAGACACCUUAUCACCGGUGAGAGGGGGGGACCCUUUGCUCUCGUCCGUCUCCCCAGACACCUCAAAGGACAGCAGCCGCAAGAGCAGUGUAAGCAUGGAUGAGAAUGAGCAGGGCUGUUAGCACCCCCUGCUGGAAGACACCUCACCUGCAUCUCCAACCCCUCCAUCCUGCUGCACAUGUUCCUGUCAGUAGCUAACUCACUCUCAGCUGCUGGAGAGGCUUUCUCGUCUUUGUGUCAUUUGUUUGUCUCCCCUGCCCGUGUUUACAUGUAUUGAAUCUUUUCUGUUCAUGUUUUUUUUUGUUAGUUUUUUGUGAUAUCUUUGUCUUUUCAAGCCCUCAACCUUGAUUUCAAGGACUGAUUCUAAAGUAUGUUUGUUUUAAUCAAUACUUUGAUGACAAUGAGUUACAAUAAUAGAAGUUUUUAUAUUUUAAAAAAUAUGCAUUUAUCUUUGGAUAGAGGCUAGAUUAUGUUUAUUAUUAUUGAUUCCAAAGAAUCUAGGGAAGUUAUAAAUCAUGGUCAGAAAUGUAGAUAUUUUGUGGUGAGAUGAACACUGCUUUUUAAAUCACUAGCAAUAAUAGAAGGAAAAAAAUCUAUUUAUUACUAUAGUGCAUUACACUCCUUGUGUCUUAGAUUGAACUUGAAUGUGCCAAUGCCUUAUUAAGAUGUGUAUACAUCGAUGUUGUAUUGCUAUGCACAUGUUUUGGCUGUUAGCUGAGUGUCAGUCUUCCAGUUGAAAUUUCUUCCUUGACAAAUAUUAAUCAUUUGUAGAUUUGAUCUUAUUUAUGUAUCUUUGUAAACAGGAUUUUAUGUACACAUUCCCCUUAAAAAUUAAUUUAUAACAAGGCUUUUAAAAGAGCCUGAGAUAUUAGAUAAAAGCACAUUAAAACAAUCUUAAGCUAAAAUGUCUCCUUCUUAGGUAAUUUAAAUGAACAAAAUCAGCAUUAUUAAUUGCUAAUUUUAGUCUUUUACUCCUUUUAUUCAGUGUCAUAAUGUCAAGAUGCAGCACAACAAUCCAGUAACAAGAGAGAAAGGUCAAGAUUCACCAUACAUGUUUCACCACCACCAUACUUUAUCAACUCAGUGCUGAUUGAUCCAGCAGUGUGUACAAGAUAUAUUACCAAUACAUUCCUCACUGCCAAAAUCACGUAAAUACUUUACUUAAAGAUGCUAUAUGUACGUUUUUAGCUAUUGUUAUUUAGCCAAAAUUAGCAGUAACAGUUGUUUACUUACCAGUCUAGAUGAAAUGUUGCGAGUUCAGCAUCAAGCUUCAUUCUCUUAUUCGCCAAGAGCUUUCUGAACUUCUGGACACCAGUGUUAAUUGGCCAAUCCCAUCUUAGCAUCCAGACUGCUCUCAGUCCACUUUGAGAGGAUGAAGAAGCAGUGCUGUCCAGAGAACGUAUUCUAACCUCUUGUGUUCUAUAUGCAACAAUGGCUGAAGUAAACAGAUGGUAAUGCUAAUGUUAGCUAUGCAACAUUAGCAAGAAGUUACAUAGACAACCUUUAAACAAAGAAUUAAACAAAACCAAACUUCAAAUGUUUUUUAUAAUGCAAAGUCUCAAAAGUAGUAGACUCUUAGCUCACAAUCAAGGCUAUAGUAGUCCUGACAUAUACACAGAAGAAGCUGAUUUCUAUUGAUCUGAAUAUUGUUACAUAAUUCUACAAACAUCUGAUAUGUGAUUGAUGCACAAAGAUGAAUCAAUUCAGUUUUUAAUAUAUUUUUGUCUAUAGUGAUCAAACUAACAAAUCUGGUAAAACAGUUUAUUGUAAUACUUCAAACAUUUUGAUUCAAGUGCUCAGAUUUUACAAUUGUCCAUUUCCUAAAUUAUUGGGUUUUUUUUUUGUUUGUUUGUUUUGUUUUUUUUUACAUCACUGCAAUGACAUUUCACAUUCAGGAGGUUUUUUUUCAUUAUAUGAACAUUUAUGUUGCCAUGGAGUAUAAGGAGAUUGCUUUGGGAUUUUGUAUGAAAUGCAUGACAUUGUCAAAAACACUGGAAUGACCUCUGUAAAUUGAAAUAUGGUUUGUUUGCCUUUUUUGUAUCUAAGCAUAAACUAACUAUUGUAUUUGGCUUUUCAAAUGCAUACAGGAUAUUGUAUGAGAUUGUAGAUUCUUUAUGGUAUAUGGUUGAUGUAUAUUUCAGCAAUUUGUUUUCAACAGUUGUAGCACAUUGCAUACAUAUGCCUUUUUAAUAACUACCUGCCAUACAUUGAGAGCCCUGUUACAGCACAGCCUCCACUUUGUUAAACUAUGCAAUGGUUGAAGUUGUGCCUGUAGAGCAGCAUCAUGUCUUGACAAUGUGAUCUCCUUAUGAACUAAUCUAAAAUAGUAACAAAGUAAUUAUCUUUUUAAUUGAUUUAAGUGCCUUACAGUUAUUUCUGUUACCCUGGUGAUGUAAGAGGAGUGAUGCAACAUUUUGUUGAUCUUUAUAUUGGUGUUUGGUUCUUCAUGGAUGAACCUGAGGAGUGCUAAGUUACCUGAGAGAGCAGUAGGAAGGGGAUUUUGUCAGUACAAGACUUAUAACACUAUAAAAAAAAAAGCACAAGACCAAAGCGUAAAAUAUAAAAUGAAUAAAUACAGGCAUUACAAAAUAAUCAUGAAAGUAAAUAGAAUAAAACAUAUAAAUCAAACCACUAAAUUCCAAAAUUAAUUAGUAAGUUAAAAUCCAUAUUAUGGAAUGUUAUUUUAUCAUUCUGAUUCUCAUAGCAGCAGAGUUUUAUUUAUUUUGUUUUUAUUUCAGUGAAGAAAUGUUUAUUUGAAAGUGCCUUUUUUUUCAAACGUCUGUUUUUUGUUUUGUAUAUCACUGUCACGCUACUAAAAUAAGAAUGAUGAAAUAACAUUUCAUAGCAAUGAUUUGACUUGUAGUAUUUUAUAAAAAUUUAUUUCACAAUUUAAUUGUCCAAUUUUUAGCCGUACUAGCCGCACAGCUGUAUGGGUGGCAACAUUUUUGGUGAGCGAGACUGAAAUACAUGAACAACUACUGGACAGAUUGCCAUGACAUUUGGUUCAGGCAGUCUUAUCAUCCUCAAGAUGUAGUAAAAAUCGGCAGUCCCUUAACUUUUAACAUAUCACCAUGUCAUAAUUCAAGGUUGUACAACACUUUUUGAUUAUUUAUUUCAAAAUACGAACGCUUAGGAACUCCAUAUGUUUUGGCUGUGUAUUUUGUUUUAUCUUUAUAAAGUUAUAAAUUCUACACUGAACACUGUUUUUCAAAGUUGUACUGAAUAUUGAGAAUCAUUUUGAAAUUAGUGUGAAUGUAAUUCACAGUGAUGACUGCCAAAUGUGUUGCCAAAAUGAAAUAUAAAAUAAGUUUAUAUAAAGAUGUGAAUAGCUAUAAACCGCUCAACAGAUGCACCUUUGUUAGUGGUGUUUCACCUUCAUAAUAAUAAGCAAUACCUACAGCAUGCUGGCAAUCAGGCUAUAAAUGCUACAAACAGGUGAACAAUAUACGUGUUCACAUUUAACAUGGGGAAACACUGAGCAAACACUACCCACUGAUGUACACUAUGCCUUGAAGGCUCUGGAGAAAGGUAGUAAGUGGAGACUGAUUUAAAAUCUUUUUGUCAUAGGUGAAGUACAGCUUGAGUGGACUGCAAAAUGACCCUAAUGGUCUCACCAAUCCCAGGUACUGAGCCUUAAUAGUGCAACACACACAGGCCUGUAACAUUGCCCUUUGACUGAACCCAGAUCAGCUUUUUUCUAAUGGAGCAGAUAAAUCAUCUAAACCCUGAAAUGUGACUGGUUAGAAUGAACAUCAGCAUUACACAUGGUGGUGGCGGCACUUAAUUUAAAGCCAUCACUAUGACUGAUUUCUCAUAAUGACUCUUCCAACUGUUGAUUAUUAUGGCACAUUAUGGGUAAACCACUAAUGAAGAACCAUAUUAGAUCAAUUUAGACCUCUGUGCUCAUCCUCAUCCCUGUGGUUCACACAUACAGGUUCUCCGCUGAUGUUGCUACUGUUCUUAUUGUUACAGUUUAUAUGAGAUGAAUGUAGCAAUUAUUACUGUACACACUGGUUUCAGAUUAGUGAACUCAAACUCAUUGGUACUCAAUGUGGAAACGAUGUUGUGAGAAAUAUUAAAAGUUUUAUUUGAA